GGCAGCAGCAGCAGCAGAGCAAGGAGAAACCAGAGCUGCAGAAACAGCCGACGUCUGCAGGAGCCGCCAGGGCAGCCUGACAGUCAAGACUCAGGGUUUAGAGGAGGUAUAUGCUCCUCUUUUACGAGGAUCAUCUCCUGCAGGGAAAGUCUCGUGGUUUAUCUUCAGGAGCAUCCUCAUGGACCUGUGCCUGCUGCUGCCUUUAAGGAGAAAAUAACUGUUUAUUUAAGAAGAUUUAAGGAGCACAAAGUUUGACUUUUUCUGCUUUUGGAGAAAACCCACAAAUCCUCUCUCAUCUAUUUUACCUCAAUGGACCAAGAGAAGAUCAAUCACUUGAGCUGUGCAGACAAAGUUUAAACAAUCUUUUGAAUGAACUCCUGCAGUUAAAUAUCAUCAUCUAAGGAAUGGACAGAAGCAGCUCUGAAGGCUUCAUUUAUUUGAAUCAUCAUGAAUCUUAAGGACAAAGUUUAUAGUAAGUUUUGGAAACUUUUAGCAGUUGGAAGCAGAGUUAAUCCUGCUUGUAGAGAUCAUUGUCACUGGAGUCAAAAUUUAUUUUAAUGCUUGUCAAAUAGUUGAUUUAUCUGGACUUUGGCAACCUUUGGACUUUGGUAACCUGGAAGAAAAACAAAGUUUUUAAGGACAUUUUGAUCACUAGAUAAUGGACAGGAUUACAGACUGUUAAAUGAAGUGAAGUCCCCUUCUUGGACAACUUUUUUAAGCCUUUUAGAUAAAAAUAUAUCCAGUGAAAAGUCUGGAUUCAAACCUGCUUUAAAGUGUUGCUCAUCACCUAAAUAGGAAACCAAAAUAAACCUGCAGUUGUGCACAAAAGCAGCACCGAUAUCUUGGACUUUACCGAUGAUCAGGACACCUUCAGUCAUCAGGGCUUCAUAUCAGUUUCAAAAAUCAAAGCGUCCACGCUGUGUUUUAUCAUUUAUCUUUGAUAUAAUAACAAGUCUCCUGACCAAUCUGAGACUUAUCCCUGAAAAACUGAUGAGCUUGUUCAUUGUGUGAAAGAGGAACCAGACAACUGUGGAUGUGGAGCACAUUGGAUCGACUCUUGGGCCAAAUUUUUGCUGAAUGAAGCUGAUCUUUGGUUUUGUCUCCGGGGAUCGUCCCGGGAACAGCUGCACAGCCGUAGUCUCUCUGCCACACACGGUCCCAUCAACAACAACCCAGCACUGAAAUGUUAAGAAACCGGCGAUGACGGAUCUUCUCCUGCUUUUCUUUCUUUAAGAGGAUUUGAAGAGUUAGAACAAGUGGUGCAGAUCUCUCCAGGGUCUCUGUGGGGACGACAGACGGCUGCUGACUUCUGAUAUGAAGACUUUCUGCUGUGGGGAGUUCUGGAAGUUUGGUCUAAGCGACUUUCUUGGAGGUUUCCAUCAGAGCUUGACAGCCACAGGAACUUCAGACCGCACGAGGAGGUGACGUGAGGACAAAUCUUAGGGCAUUAGAGUCCACUGCUAGUGUGACAGAGCUGUAUUGAGUGUUUUUGAGAAAGCGUGUGGUUGUAUGGGGCGUCAGAUGCUUUCUCAGAGAUCUCUCUGUGCGCGUCCAGAUGCCACACUGCUCUGCAGACGGGCCCAGACUCCCACAUCACACAGAGCGACAGCCACUCUGCUGCUUCUGACUUAUUUCCUAUUACUCAACAAUUGUUGAAUCGCUGAGAGGAAAAUAAAUCAGCCAGGCGGAUAUGAAAAGACAAGAUGUCACCAUGAACCGACAACAUCUCCAAAUAUUUCUAGUGGAGACACUGCCGAGCCAAACUGGAGGUGGGACCAGUCAACUUGGUCUGGAACGUGUUGUACUGAUUGGAUGAUUACGGGCUGCUCUCUUCAUCUGCUGGUUUUGGUUUUCAGGACUAAUUCAAUCCUGAAUCAUUUUGGGUUUUGCUGCUUUUGGAGCACAAGACAGAGCUUUUAUAAGGACCAGGAAGAACAUAGAAACCCACCACUUUGUUAUGGAUAUUUUUUCAAACAACAAACUGCAGCUUUGACUCCGGAUUUUCACCCUCAGUGACUAGAGACCAAGAUGGAAGAAAUGAAGGAAGAACAGGCCAAAGAAAGCCUGGUUUCUGACAGGUGUCACAUGAUAUGCUGAUGAUAUGAUUCUUUAUGUUUUAGGACGAUUAAAUCCUUAAACAUGAGAACUGGAAGAUAAACCACAUAAAUGUGGAGGAUGAGGUCAGUAAAUCAUGCAUUAUGAAAGAAGGAUUUCUCUUUCUUCUCUCCGUCCUUCUCUGAUAAUAGACUAAACAUCUUCACGGGAUUAUACUUUCAGUUUAGUUUGUACAAAAUCAUUCCAGUGCACCAAAUUUAAAACUGGUGUCUCUUUAGCUUGAACUUAGCGAUACUGAAGCGAAUAUUCAGAAGUGCACGGCCAUCACUGACAGCAUCACCAUGCUCCCUGGAGGACUGAUUUCAAAUGGAGGGGGACGCAGCAGCGGGAUGUGCCUGCUCCGGUGGCUGGGACUCAGGCUGUGGUCACGCAGGGGGACUCUGGUGUUCGCUCUGCUCUGGUUCGGCUCCUGGUUGUUCCUGAACGGCUUGGUUCUGGUCCACAGAACAAUCUUAUCAGACUACUGCACCGACGACAAAAGCAAGAGGAUCCUGCAGAGACUGUGUCUGGAGUUUGGCGAGGGCUCAGUCACAGGCGACAUGUGUGAGGAUCUGUGCGUGCUCGGUCUGGUGGAGUACAAACGUUGCCUCUACUACGAGAAUGGGAAGAAGGUGAUAGAGGCACGAUGGAGAGGAAACCCCAUCAUCCUCAAGUCCAAACUGGAGAAUUUCUCCUCCUACGAGCCACUGGGAAUACUGGACUACCAGGACACAGCAGAGGAGCUCUCCCCUCUUGAUGUGGUCUUCUACGCCACCAUGGAAGUCCGAAACUCUCUGGGUCUGGCUGAGGAUGGCGAUGAAGAAGGAGGAGGUGGGAGUAACAGGACUCUGGCCAGACUUUGGGGGAAGAAGCUGAAAAACAGAGAUAAGAGUUACUCCAGAGCAGAGCUGGCCUCUCUCUGGUCCUUACUGCAGCAAGAGGAGUACACCUUUCUCAGAGUCCUGCAGGACCUCAGCACCCACGUGGCCAAGGUUCUGGGCUCCUGUGGUCACUUCUACGCCGUGGAGUACCUGUCAGCCGGACACGCCUGGGACCAGAACAUCUUCUCCCUGGAGGACGUAUCUGUUUCUGGGCUGCAGGGUCAGGGCCAAGCUGGGGCUGGAGGUGGGGCCAGAGAGAGGUGGACCACCAGAGAGAUGGUGCAUCGUAUCGCGCUGAGUUUCCUGGACAUGGUGUGGCACUUUGACAACGACUUCACCCACAAAUUGCACCUGUGUGACAUCAAACCGGAGAACUUUGCCAUCAGGAAGGACCUGACGGUGGUGGCGAUCGACGUGGACAUGGCGUUCUUCGAGCCCAAGAUGAGGGACAUCCUGGACCAGAACUGCAGCAGCGACGACGACUGUAACUUCUUCGACUGUUCGUCCAGGUGUAUCCUGAACAAACGCAGGUGCAGCCCCCGCCGAUGGAACAGCAACCUGCAGGUGAUCUGUGAGAAGAUCUUCAGACCGUGGUUUUCUCCAACGCUACUGGGGGCCAAAGCAGGACUCCCACUGCAGGUGGAGCUUCAGCGGGCGGUGCAGGAGUGCACAGAAACAGAAGGCGGCGGGGACGACAAAGAGGAGGAUGGGGGAGGAGGAGGAGGAGAGGCAGAGAAGGGCAGAGGUGUCCAUCAGCGUCUCCUCAACAUCCUGACUCGACUCCUCCAGGAAGGAGCAGCGUCAGAGGAGGAGGAAGCGUCCUGGGAGGGGAAAAGCCACGUCCACACAGCACUGAACUUCUGACGAGGUGAAAUAAAGACUGUUAGAGACCUAUGACAGGAAGACACCUUCACAGAUGGACUGAUACUUUUGUUAUAUGUUCAUACAUUUCUACAUGGGUUAUUUCUUCACCCAAAAAAACAGAGGUGAUAGGUAAACAAGACUUGUUUACAGGCUCAUUGAAGGAAAAGGGUCAGUGCAGUGGACCCAGAGCUGCAGUCUGAGCCGAAGCAGACCAGUUUCCAUGUCUACAAGGAUCUGGAUUUCUAGUUAACUUUGGAGAAAUACUUCUGAUUGCAUCUGGUCAAACAUGGAUGGAAUAACACUGGGACUUCCAUCCCACAUGCUUUAGGGUCUGUUUUUUCAGGUCAGGACUUGCACUCCAUUGUUAAAGAAAGCAGCUUCUUCCUCUCUUUAGUCCUCUUAUGUGCACAAAUCCAGUUUUGUAAAAGAACAAAGAACUCGACUGACCUGCACAGACCCUCAACAGCAGACUCAUCCAACAACUUCUGGAGGGAACUGGAACAAGAGCCAGACUUUCAAGACCUUGUGUAUUAACAUCUGUUCUAUUUGUUUGGGUAGAAUUUGGGCAUCAGGCAAACACACUUCUGGAUAUAAAAGUUGAAAUUUUUGUGAUUUUGCAGAGGAAUCUCUGUUGAUUUUGUGACGUCUAAUCUUAGGAUCGCAGACUUGAGUUCUGAGUCAGAGCACUGAGAGAUGCCUUAUUUUUCUUCUCUUUAGAGGAGUUAAAUUUGGAUCCAGUGUCGAGGAUCUUCAUGUUAUCAAUCCUCCUGGUCUCAAUGAGAUUAAAAACCUUAUUUUGUUUGAAAUUGAUUUAAAACUUGUGAAUGUGGUGUAAAUAAUAACCGCUGAUGUUUUUGAUUUAAAGAAAAAAUUACCAUCCACUUUUAGGCUUUUAAGAGUGGUUUAACUGUGUUUUUUUUUUUUUUUUCAAUUUUGGUUUCAAAAGAGACUCUGAAUUGAAUAAUUAGUGAUUAAAGAAUCUGUUAGGUCCUGUCAGAGACGGUAAUGGAACAAUGAAACAUAACGUAGCAAGAAAAAUGUAACAGAAACUCAUCAUGUAACAGCUGGUCAAUAAUGUGACAAAAAUGCUGCUCUUGAUACUUUAUGAAGCAGCUAAUAUUUUUCUCCUAAUAAUUAAGAGUUUUAUCACAUCAUAGAGUGAGUCAGUAAUUUAUGCAUUAACAUGAUAAUUGCAACAGAGUGUUGUUUGCACUUACAGCACUCUUUCAGUAGUUUAACUUUAAUUUCAGACUAAAAUGUGUGCACAGCCCCGGUGGUCUCUUAGCCAGAAUAAAGGCCUCUGAACUUAGUGAGGUGUUAUCUGAGUGAUUGCAUCCCCUUCUCAUGCAGUCUCUGAAGGAUACUGAAGAAAACUGCCUGAUCCCGACCAGAGCUCUUCUUUUAUUUUUUUAUUUCUUUGGAGUGUACUGGUUCAUUUUUGUGUUCAUGUCUGGAUCACACAGAUGCUGUGAUUCUCUGAUGUGUGGUGACUGAGUGGUCCCUUGAGACCCAGACCUCUGUAAAAACUAAAUCUAA